UUUUACUUGCCGACCGGCUACUACUUGAAUCAUGGCCAAGGACGCGCCAAAACAAAAGAGUUGGCUUUCGAGUGUGAAGGACUGGUUGAUAACUAAUGAGGUACCACGCGCAGCACCAGGAGAGGAGGUUUCCCGAUUCUCUAAUGUGUCGACAGGCAUCGGGUCGUGGAACAUGUAUAGCCAUAGCAAGAACAGGAGCCUUGCACAGAAGAAUCUAGCGAAGAAGCAAGUGGACUGGGAUUGCGAGACGAAGGCAUCAUCUUGAUUUUAGGCAGAUGUCCUCACUACAAAACGCAUUUAAAAUUCAAACUUGAUGUGGCACCCUUCGUGAGCGUGAAUAUAUAUAUUUCUGAUGUGAAGCACAGCGGUGCA